CCAGCGUGGAGCGGCCGGCUGCGGAUCACCGCCAAGGGCAAGCUGGCCUUCAUCAAGCUUGAGGACAAGACCUCGGGAGAACUUUUUGCCCAGGCGCCGGUGGAGCAGUUCCCUGGCAUCGCUGUGGAGAGCGUGACCGACUCCAGCAGGUACUUCGUCAUCCGGAUCGAAGAUGGGAACGGCCGUCGUGCUUUCAUCGGAGUCGGCUUUGUCGACCGAGGGGAUGCUUUUGACUUCAACGUGGCUCUCCAAGACCAUUUUAAGUGGGUGAGGCAGCAGAGUGAACUGGCCAGACAGGCUGAGAACCCCGAGCAGGGACCCAAACUGGAUCUGGGUUUCAAGGAGGGACAAACCAUCAAACUCAACAUCGCGAACAUGAAGAAAAAAGAAGGAGCCACAGCAAACACCAGACCACGUCCCACAGGUCCUGGGGGCCUGAGUUUGCUCCCACCACCUCCCGGAGGAAAAUCUUCCUCUCCACUUUGUCCUUCAGGAGAGCGACCGUCCGCGCUCCCUGUGCCCACCCAGCUCCCAGGAACCCCCAUCACAGACUCUCUCCUGUCCUGGCCACAGCCCCCCAGUGCUGCUGCUCCUGCUGCCGCCGACGUCUGGGGAGACUUUGCCAAAGCUUCGGGAUCACCUUCUAACCAGACUCCGGCAAACACGGGCUGGGUCCAGUUCUGA